ACAUGCACUGACUGCUGUUUAUAUACUAACUUUGUGUACUACAACAGGAAGAAGCUUUAGCCAGACAGAUUUGAAAGUGUUUCUUUUGAAAAGACUCCCUGUGGCAGACCUUUUAAGGGGGCUGGCUUCAGAUAUGGAAAUGGACAGUAUUAACACAGAAACCCAGAUAAAUGCAUACCCAAAACAGGAAAUAAGCCAUGUUGCUCAGUCAAAUUCACAGAGUGUUUGUGAUGAAUGUCGAAGAAAACUCAGAAGUUUGUUACCGGUAAAUUAUAAAGAAGAAAUUUUAGAGCUUCUAAAACUGGCUGGACCAGUGUUUAUAUCUCAGCUGAUGAUCUUUCUGGUCAGCUUUAUCAGCACUGUGUUCUGUGGACACUUGGGGAAAACUGAACUGGCCAGUGUGGCUCUGGCUAUUGCUGUUAUUAAUGUGUCUGGCAUCUCCAUCGGUUCUGGAUUGGCAUCUGCAUGCGAUACACUCAUCUCUCAGACGUUUGGCAGUAAUAAUCUGAAGCGGGUGGGUGUAAUACUGCAGAGAGGGAUUCUCAUCCUCCUGUUGGCCUGUUUCCCCUGCUGGGCGCUGCUCAUCAACACAGAGCCCAUCCUGCUGGCUGUCCGACAGAGUCCCAGUGUGGCCAGUCUGUCACAACUCUAUGUAAAAAUAUUCAUGCCUGCUCUGCCUGCUGCCUUUAUGUAUCAGCUGCAGGGCUUGUAUCUUCAAAAUCAGGGUAUUAUUUGGCCUCAGAUCAUCACAGGAGCAGCAGGAAAUGUCCUCAAUGCUUUAAUAAACUACAUCUUCCUUCAUCUUCUUGAUUUUGGUGUGGCAGGAUCUGCUGCUGCAAAUGCAAUUUCCCAGUAUUCCUUGGCAGUGAUUCUUUAUUUGUUCAUCCGUUGUAUGGGCCUGCAUAAAGCCACCUGGGGUGGCUGGUCUCGUGACUGUUUGCAUGAAUGGGGUGCCUUCAUUUGCUUGGCUUUUCCCAGCAUGCUCAUGCUUUGUGCGGAGUGGUGGACAUACGAGAUUGGUGGAUUCCUUGCAGGACUCAUCAGUGAAGGCGAGCUCGGGGCUCAGUCUGUCGUCUAUGAACUGGCCAGCAUUAUGUACAUGUUUCCACUGGGAUUUGCAGUGGCAGCCGGUGUGAGGGUGGGAAAUGCACUUGGAGCUGGAAACACAGAACAAGCCAAGCUGUCUGCCAAACUGUCUUUAGUCUGUGGACUACUUGUGUCCUGUGUGAUUGCAACCAUAAUUGGAGCUACUAACAAUGUUAUUGGAUACAUCUUUAGCACAGAUGAGGAAAUUGUCCUCAGAGUAUCAGAGGUCAUGGUCAUGUAUGGCUUUGUUCAUCUAUUUGAUGCCACUUCUGCUAUUGCAGGUGGCAUUGUCAGAGGUGCUGGAAAGCAACUGCUUGGUGCUCUUUGUAACAUUGUGGGAUAUUAUUUUGUGGGAUUUCCAAUUGGAGUGUCCCUGAUGUUUGCUCUCAACAUGGGCAUAAUUGGUCUGUGGAUUGGGUUUUUUGCCUGUGUUUUCCUGCAGUCUUUGUUCUUCAUCAUCCUCAUUUGCAAAUUGGACUGGAAAAAAGUGACACAAGAGGCUUUAAUCAGAGCAGGUGUACAAGUCCCUGAGACCAAAGUUGAAUCUUACGCUAUAGAAAAUAAGGGCUAUACAGAAGAAGUACCACAGCAGUCCCAGCACACUGAAGAAGGCCAGACAGAUGCGAACACAGACCUCGAAGGGCUCAGUAAAAGAGAAGGAGGAAUAACAAAUGCUGUUGCACUGGUCACAGUUGGCACAGUUUUGACCACCAAACAGCUGGUUGUCCGUCGAGGACUUGCGUUUUUCUUCAUGCUGCUUAUACUAGCUGGAGGGAUUGUGUUAAAUGGGGUGCUCACUGGAUUUCUCAGAGUAUAGUAAGUUCAGGGAUUUGUAGGUAUUGAAAAUGUAAAAAAAGAAAAAAAAGAAAAAGCAAAUGUAAUAGUAUUUGAUGCAGAUGUGUUUUCUUCUCCCAUUCUGUGGUUUUAAAACAUUGCAGGGGGGAAAAAAGAAAAAAAUUAUCUUUACAACUACAGAGAUUCUGUUAGUUAAGACUUAUGUGUUAAAACAUACAUAUACAUACAUGUGUGUGUGUAUAUAUAUAUAUAUAUAUAUAUUCAUUUUUAAUAUUUUGUUGAGAAUCCUUUGCAGGCAAUGACUGCAAUAAAUCUGGAACUCAUGGACAUCACCAGAGACUGGGUUUCCUCCUUUGUGAUGCAUUGCCAGGCCUUUACUGCAGCUGACUUCAGCUGCUGUUUGUUUGUGGGUCUUUCUGCCUUUAGUUUUGUCUUCAGCAAGUAAAAUGCAUGCUCAAUCGGGUUGUGAUCAGGAGAUUGACUCUGCCAUUGCAAAAUAUUCCACUUUUUUACCUUCAAAAGCUCCUGGGUUGCUUUUGCUUUAUGUUUUGGGUCAGCGUCCAUUUGUACUAUGAAGCAUCGUCCAAUCAACUUCCUGCUCCAUUUGGCUGAAUCUGGGCAGAGAGUAUAUCCAUAUACACUUCAGAAAUAGUCUGGCUGCUUCUGUCUUCUGUCACAUCAUCAGUAAACACCAGUAACCCAGUGCCACUGGAAGCCAUGCAUGCUCAUUCCAUCACACUGCUCCACCAUGUUUCACAGAUGAUGUUGUAUGCUUUGGAUCAUGAGCUGUUCCAAGGGCCUUCUCCAUAUUUUUUUUUUUUCUUCCCGUCAUUCUGGUACAGGUUGAUCUUAAUUUCAGCCGUCCAAAGAAUGUUUUCCAGAAGUUGUCUGGCAACUUUUUAGAUGUUUUUUGGCACCUAACCUGGCCUUGUUUGCACCUUGUGGUGAACCCUCUGUAUUUGCUCUCGUGGAGUCUUCUCUUGAUUGUAGACUUUGACUGUGACACGCCUACCUCCUGGAGAGUGUUCUUCACUUGGCUGGAUGUUGUCAGAGGGUUUUUCUUUACCAUGGAGAGGAUCCUCCACCACUGGCUUUUUUUAUGUUUCUGAGCUCACCAAUGCAUUCUUUUUUUCUCAGUAUGUACCAAACUGUUGAUUUGGCCACUCCGAAUGUUCCUGCUAUCUCUCUGAUGGAUUUGUUUUUGAAGCAUUUUUGAGUAUUUGAACCCUUUCCAACCAUGACUGUAUGAUUUUGAGAUCCAUCUUUUCAUACUGAGGACAACUGAUGGGCUCAUAUGCAACUAUUACAGAAGGUUAAAAUGCUCACUGAUGCUCCAGAAGGAAAAACCAUGCAUUAAGAGCCAGGGGUGAAAACUUUUUGAAUUUGAUGAUCAGGGUAAAUUUAACUUAUUUUGUCACCUGGGGAGCAUCUAACUAUCUUCUGUAGCCUCUGAAGGUCAGUACUAAAUGAAAAAAAAAAAAAAAAAAAAAGAUGAUGAUGAUAUUUAGGCAAAAUAAGAAAAAUGUACACAUCUCCAUUCUGUUCAAAAGUUUCCACCACAACUAGGGCUGCAACAAACGAUUAUUUUGAUAAUCGAUUAAUCUAACGACUAUUAGAACGAUUAAUCGACUAAUCGUCGAUUAUUUCACUGAUUAAUCAAUAGACUUUGAUUGAUUAUUCAGCUUUUGCAAUUAGUUAAAAUAUUAAGUUAUACAUAUUCUAACAUAAAGGUCAAUUCAGCUUUAGAAAAAGCAUAUUAUGUAAUUACAAUUAUUAUACAAUUAAUUGGUAACACUUUACAAUAAGGUUCAUUGGUUAACAUUAGUUAACAUGAACUAAGAAUGAACAAUACUUCUACAGCAUUUAUUAAUAUUGGUUAAUGUUAAUUUCAGCAUUUACUAAUGCAUUUAUAAAAAUCACAAGUUGUGUUUUUUAACAUUGGUAAAUGCACUGUGAACUAACAUGAACAAACAAUGAAUAAUUAUGAAUAAUAAUUAUUAUUUUAUUAACCAACAUUAGCAAAGAUUAAUACAUGAAUUUAACAAAUGUAUUGUUCAUUCAUGUUAAUUAAUACAUUACAAUAAGGUAUCAUUUGUUAACAUUAGUUAAAGUGUUACCAAUUCAUUAUACAAAUAGAUGUAUUUGGCACACAAAACGAGACACUCUUUCACCAUUUAAUUAGCUACAUGGAAAAGUAACACACCAUUCUGCCUAACAUCUCCUUUUGUAAGUGAUAAGAAUCAAAAUAAAGGUAAGUGAUGAGAUGCUUUGGAUAAACUAUUUUAUUCAAAACAUGUCUUAAAAUAGCCUACCGUAUAGGGUUAUGAUAAUGAUUUCUGUAAAACAAACUAUCACUUUAAUUAAAUAUUUUUUCCCCACUAAUAAAAACAUUUUAUCAUUAGCUAGCUCCACACUGGAGAGCUGAUUUUUUUCAGAAAAUCAAGUUGUAAUUCUAACCGAAAGCGACACUGACUCUGGGUUUUCAUGUUUAAUACCGUAAAGCUGCUUGAUUUAAGGCUACCUAUUGCAUAAAGUACUAUAUAAAUAAACAUGAUGUUAACGGACUUUACCUGAGUACUGAACUGCAGAGCUAAUGCAAACAUCCACAUCGUUGUAAUCAGAUGCAUUUUUAACUGCUGCUGUCACACUGCUGUCAGUUUUUGUUGUUUUAAUUUUGUUACUGAGAGGAAAGCGCGCAAUAUAUAUUUACAUGUUCAUCCAAACACUGCUCAGGUUCGGGUGUGUCGUCUUCUCUUUAAUUGCAUCCAGGAGAUCUGAAUUACAGUCUUGCGCUACAGCGUCACACUGGUCAAACCGCAGUAUUGCAGGCUCUUACAUUAGGUCAUGUGAGAUCAAACGAUUACUCGACAACAAAAAUAUUUGUCGACAAUUUUUUAUUGUCGACGUUGUCGAUAAUGUCGACUAAUCGUUCCAGCCCUAGUUGGAUCUCAAAAUUAUACAGUCAUUGUUGGAAAGGGUUCAAAUACUCAAAAAUGCUGGAAAACCAAAGAAUUUAUGGGACCUGAAGGAUUUUUCUGAAGAACAGCAGGCCACAGCCAUAUCACCCUGCAGCCCAAGACCGGUUGCCCAUGGAAGCUAAGCAAGGCUGAGCCUGGUCAGUACCUGGAUGGGAGACCUCCUGGGAAAACUAGGUUGCUGUUGGGAGAGGUGUUAGUGAGGCCAGCAGGGGGUGCUCACCCUGCAGUCUGUGUGGGUCCUAACAGCCCAGUAUAGUGACGGGGACACUAUACUGUAAAAAAGCACCGUCUUUCGGAUGAGACGUUAAAACCGAGGUCCUGACUCUCUGUGGUCAUUAAAAAUCCCAUGACACUCAUCGUAAAGAGUAGGGGUGUAACCCCGGUGUCCUGGCCAAAUUCCCUCCACUGGCCCUUGUCAAUCAUGGCUUCCCAAUAAUCCCCAUCCACUUGAUUGGCUCUAUGACACUCUCUCCUCUCCACCUGUAGCUGGUGUGUGGUGAGCGCACUGGCGCCGUUGUCCUGUGGCUGCCGUCGCAUCAUCCAAGUGGAUGCUGCACACUGGUGGUGGUUGAGGAGAGACCCCCCACAUGAUUGUAAAGCGCUUUGGGUGUAUUGCAAUACACAAUAAAGCGCUAUAUAAAUGCCUCAUUCAUUCAUUCAGUUUAACUGUUCAGGACAAACAAGGGACUCAUGAACAACUAUCACUAAACAAAAAAACACAGCUGUGGAUCAUUCAGAUAAGAACGUAUUAAGAAUCAAGGGGAUGUAAACUUUUGAACGGGGCCAUUUUUAUAAAUUCAAAUAUUUUUUCUUGUGGACUAUACAGUAUGUAAACAUUUUAUGUGAAAUAUCUUAUUCAGGUCAGUACUAAAUAAACAAUAACAUGCAUUGUUAAUAUAACAAUAACAUAUAACAACAUGAUUCCUCUUAUUUUUGUAAAAUGAUUAACAUUUUGCAGAUUCUGAAAGGGGGGUGUAAGCUUUUGACCUCAACUGUAUUACUCAACUGUAUUACUGUAUUACUUCCUUGUUAACAAUGUAGCUGUUUGAUUGUACACUUAGCCAACUCCUGACCCUAAACAGACAGGCUGGUAACCCUCAUGAAAUAUUUAACCUUUAUUUCAAUAUAUUCUAUAUACAUAUAUCUCCUCUUUUGGAAUAGAAUUGGCUAGAUGGCACAGUCCUGAAACUGCUGCCUCUGAUUGUGCAAGAACAUACUAUUGAAAUAAUCACUAGAUUUGCCCCAUUAAAUGGCAUGUUUGAAUAAAAUAAAUUGUGAUUGAUC